AUGUCCUCAGUGGCCGGUUCAGAGACCAUCAUCAAUGAUUUCAUCGCUGCGAUACAUCCAAACUUCGAUUAUGUCCUUACGGAUACCGCAUUCUCUGCGUGUCUGUUUACCCUCCUUAUUGUCCUUUUUGCAUUCUCCACAAAAGAGUCUCGACGGCGCUUGGUGUUCCGACUGAACGUGUUAGCUAUCUGCGUCGCUUUGGCGUUGGGCAUAUUCUCUAGCCUGGUCAGUGGGAGAGCAAUAAUCGACCCAUUCAAUCAGGUGUCGAAAGGUGUCUACAUUGCUUCAAUUGUCUUCGCCGUCUUCCCACCGGUACUGUACGACUCGAUAUUGUUGACUCGGCUCUUUGCAUUGUAUCCCAUCUCCAACACACCUCGCACCACUUUGUUCAAGAUAUUCGCAUUCCCCUUCUGUGUCAAAUGUGCUCGAGUGAUUGUCCUCGUAUGUUUCUUCUUCUAUUUUGAGUUUUAUUUUCCGGUGACGCUUUGUGCAGAAGAAGCUGCUGCCUGGUUCCGUAACCCCUUCAUGGUCUCUGAAUGGACGAUGCAAAUCGCAGACAACUUGUAUUCUGUCAGCUUUUUCCUCUACAACCUCCACGCCCGCACAUCGUUGGUUAAAAGAGUGGCGGAGCGUAUCCGCCAAAUCUUCUACAUCUCCCUUGCCAAUUUCGUCUUCCCCCUUAUCUUCAAUAUCGCACAAAUCAUCUGUAUCACGACUGAUCGGAAUCCCACUACCGGCGUUAUGCUGCUCACGAUGAACAACUAUAUAACCGUCAUGGGUGUAUUGUGCGCAACAUUGUGGUUCUCCGGAACGGAGUGGGUUCGCGCACGCAACGAAUCAUUGUCCGACCAUAUGUUCAACUCGCCCAGGCCGAAGUUUCCCAGAGACCAUGUUGCCGGUGGGAGGAGUGGAAGUGAGGUCGUUGUAAUAAGGAAAGAGUCUGUCACACUUGACGCGACAGGCACGGACACCGGGUCGGAUUCCAACCAAUUCACAACCUCGGAGAAAGAGAACAAGUAUAGCUUGGUGUGA